AUGAGCACAUUUUAUCUCUUGGCCGAUAGCAGUGGUGACGAGCUCAUUGCAGACAACCAAGUCGCGAAGAUUUCUGAGGGCACAUUCGCAUGGGAUCAGUGCGAGCCUACAGCAACACUGGAGAACAUUAACUUUAGUGCUCGAAAGGGCCAACUGAUUGCGGUGGUAGGUAGAGUAGGACACGGGAAAAGCUCCCUACUACAAGCACUACUAGGAGAAAUGGAUAAGCUUCGAGGAUAUGUUGGUGUGAGUGGACGUGUCGCUUAUGUUCCUCAACAACCUUGGAUGCAAAAUCAAACUAUCAGACAGAAUAUCAUUUUUGGAAAAAGGCAAAUUUCUGAUGAAUUUGGGAAAUCCAUUGCAAAUCCUUUCAAAUCUCUGGAUUUCAGUUAUGACGAGUAUUUCUAUAACCGUGUAUUGGAUGCUUGUGCGCUAUACCCUGAUCUUCAAAUGCUUCCCCACGGCGAUAUGACGGAAAUUGGGGAAAAGGGCAUUAAUCUCUCGGGAGGGCAGAAGGCUCGUAUUUCUUUGGCCAGAGCAGUUUACCAAAAUUACGACGUUUAUCUUCUCGAUGAUCCCAUGAGUGCUGUGGAUUCGCACGUUGGAGCACAGAUUUUCUCGUCUGUGAUUGGACCAGAAGGAAUGUUGAGGAACAAGACUAGGAUUUUAGUUACAAAUGAAUUAGCAGUCCUCAACCAUUCGGACGUGAUCUUUGUAAUGAAAGAUGGGAAGAUAGAGCAUGAGGGAAGCUACAAAGACUUGAUGCAAGCCGGAGCACUGCAACCUCUUUUGGAAGAAUGUGAAAAAGAAGAAGAAAAGCGCAGAAAUGUAGUUGACAAUGAGUAUGAAGAAGCGUACACCGAUGAUUCUGACUACGAGGAAACUAUCGCUGAAUCCCCCAUCACAGAUGCGGUUGGUACAUUCAUCAGAGAACAACUCAGGUCUAGGCGGCCGUUUUUAAACACGCUACAUCGUUAG